AUGUAUACAGAGCUUGGGCAAAUGGAUAAUGCUGAAAAACAGCUUCAGGAGAUGGUACACCUUUUCAAAUGCCCUGAAAGCUUGUUCUUCUCUCCAUCCCUUUCCACAAGCAGGCAAAUUCAUUGUUGGGUGAUUAAAGCCAGCUCUGAAAGAAACUUACAUGUUGCAAGCUCGUUAAUUGAAGUGUAUGGAAAAUGUGGCAGUUUAGAUGAUGCUGAAAAGGUAUUUGACCAGAUAUCAAUGCCGGAUAUUGUGUCAUGGAAUUGCUUGGUCAAAGCUUACUCACAGCAUGGAUACUUUGAGAAGGCUGUAUCUUUGUUUAAAAAGAUGGUUGUGGAGGGUGUAAAGCCAAGUGGUUCUACUUUUCUUGCAGUUCUUUCUGCUUGUAGCCACUGCGGAUUAGUUCAAGAAGGCAAAGAAUUUUUCAAAUCCAUGUUGAUGAACUACAGUGUUAUACCUGAGGAAACACAUUAUUGCUGCAUGGUAGACUUGUUUAGCAGAUCAGGACAUCUGGAGGAUGCUCUAGAUUUCAUAAAAAGAUUGCCAAUCAAGCCCACUGCUCCAAUAUGGAGACCAUUGCUCGCGGGUUGCAGAUGUCACUGUGACCUUCAACUGGGGAAUAUGUUGCCAAUCGUAUCCUAG